CGGGUGUCACUUCCUGCUCUUGCCCCACAAAGAUGCAUCCAGGUGGCAAGGGGCAUUGCCAGGGUCAUCCUCACUGUGGGCCACCCCCUGGCCAUGGUCCAGGACACUGCCCCGGGGGACAUCACCCUCCAGGACCUGGUGGGCCACCCCCUGGCCAUGGUCCAGGACACUGCCCCGGGGGACAUCACCCUCCAGGACCUGGUGGCCCACCCCCUGGCCAUGGACCAGGGCACUGUCCUGGGGGACAUCACCCUCCAGGACCUGGUGGCCCAUCCCAUGGCCAUGGCCCAGGACACUGUGGGCCUCACCCUGGUCCACAUCACUGAGAAAUCAGAAGAAACGAAGAUACAAGAUGAAGAGUCUGCAUGGAAUCCCCAGCUGACCUAAGCACUGGGUCUAAACUAGAAUUUUCCCUUGCAAAUAAAUAGCCUCCUGGAGGCCAUAU